CAUUGACCUACUCCUCCUCUCCCUCCAAAUCCAAAAACCUUCACCAAUAUCCCCUUGGAUGAUGUAGAGAAGAAGAUUAAGAGAGAGAGAAAGCAUGAUGCAUCGUUAACGGGGAGGAGAGUAGAGUAGUAGGAGCUGCGAUGAACAUGGUUUCUCCUCCCGGAAGUCUGAACACCGUCACUCCCUGCGCCGCCUGCAAGCUCCUCCGCCGAAGAUGCGCCGAGGAAUGCCCCUUCUCCCCUUACUUCUCCCCUCACGAGCCCCACAAGUUCGCCGCCGUCCACAAGGUCUUCGGCGCCAGCAACGUCUCCAAGAUGCUCCUCGAAGUGCCCGAGACCCAGAGGGCUGACGCGGCCAAUAGCCUGGUCUACGAAGCCAACCUGAGGCUGAGGGAUCCGGUGUACGGGUGCAUGGGGGCAAUCUCCGCACUGCAGCAGCAGAUGCAGUCCCUCCAGCUGGAGCUCAGCGCCGUCAGGGCCGAGAUCCUCAAGUACAAGUACAGAGAGGCCACCACCAACAACCUUCUUUCUUCUUCCAAUCACGCCGCCUUGAUUUCAUCCGGCGUCGUUUCGGUGAUCUCGGCCGCGCCAACCACGCCUGCCGCUGCCGCCUCGCAAAUGGCGCCGCAGCAGCUGCAGCAGCAGCAACACCAUCCGCCGCCGGCUCCGACGACUCCCACUCCGAACAGCUGUCAUAACGCUUCUUCUUCUGCUGGUGGUGGUGGUGGUGGUUGA